GAUGUUUCGCGCAUUGCCCAUUUGGGGUCGAGAACGCCGUUCCCCCCCAAAGAGGAAAAAGCAUCCUAAAGGUAACGUUGAUGUUUCAAGGGAUUGAGUUCAGUAUGGCCCAAUUCCACCGCCUUUGCUUUCUCUCCGGGAACGUGUUUAUUGUUUCGAACAGAUCGACUCAGUGAUCACAGCCUCUGGAGAUUUUUUCCUUGACAUUCCUGCUGCUAUACCCCGGGCUUUGGACGUGAGGUGAAUUGCUUCGAGAUAGCAAACACACAUCUUUUUUACACACUUUAUCCCUAUAUCGGAAUUGAAAGCACACGAACUUGCAGAAACACAACAAUUCCUUCAGACCACCCAACGCCCCCAAAGAAAACAAAACACACACCCCACAGAUACCCCAACCCCCAACCGUCAAGAUGUUCAACGGGCUCGCGACCAAGCUCGCCAUGAAAAAGAUGGGCAUCCCCAAGAACGCGCUCGACAUGUCGGCGCUGACGGGCGGAUCGUCGACGGAGCCCAACAAGCUCAAGAAGAACCCUCCCGGGGAGGAGGACGCCGACGCCGCCAACGCCAACGGCUGGCCCAAGUGGAUGACGGUCAAGAGCCUGCCGCUCACGGCGCAGGCGUGGCUGAACCCGCCGCCGCCGCCCGUGCCCGUCGCGGCGGAGUGCCCCAAGGUCGGAGACCUGGCGCCGCUCGACAGGGACAGGAAGAUCGAGUUUGGCGGCGGCAGGAGGGUGUUGGUUGUGUUUUUGCGCUGCGUGGGCUGUGCUUUCGCGCAAAAGACCUUCCUCGCCCUGCGCACCCUCGCCAACCGCCACCAGCAGACCCUGACCUGCAUCGCCGUGUCGCACUCCUCCGAGGCCGCGACCAAGAAGUGGCUCGACCUCCUGGGCGGGGCCUGGAACGUGCAGAUCGUCGUGGACGAGGACCGAUCCGUCUACGCCGCGUGGGGCCUGGGCCUCGGCAACACCUGGUACCUCUUCAACCCGACCACGCAGAUCCAGGGGUGGAAGGAAAAGGGCUGGCUGGGCGCCACGGUCGCCACGUCCAUCCAGCGGACCAACACGCUCGAGGACAGGGUCAAGGCCACCGCGCCGCCGCCCAAGAAGCCCGGGAUGAUGAGGAGGGCCACGGGCGAGCAGCAGCGGCAGGACGAGCUGCCGACCGUCGAGAUGGAGGAGGAGGGCCCGAGCACCGUCCUGGGCAACAAGUGGCAGCAGGCUGGCGCCUGGGCCAUCGACGGCCGGGGGACGGUUGUUUGGGGUGGCAAGGCGUUGAGGGCGGAUGAUCUGAUGGACUUGGACCAGGGUGCCAAAAUCCUGGGGCUUUGAUUGUUUUCUCUACCAUCUGUCGAGAUCAUGUUCCUUGUCGUCUGGUUUUAGCAUUUGCUUGUCAUAUUGGGUUGGGCGUUAUGGUGAGGAGGGUUUCAGCGGUCUUGUCAUUCUUACUCUAAAGGUCUUUGGGAUCUAGAUCAGAGUCUACAUUUUCUUUAUGGUACUACGACGAAUAGAAGUCUUGUAUUAUUAUUAUGUUCAAAGUCAACAUCACUUCAUCUAGAGUUGUGCACAGCGGGCAGGCAAACCACCUGAUAAUCACAAAGGUC